GGAUAUCAGACCACUAAAUUUGACAUUUUCAAGAGAAUAGAUGAUGAUACUAGUAACAAUGAGGGAUGGUCUAGGGUGAAUGAUUUGGGAGAUUAUGUGUUGAUGCUUGGACUUAAUUCUUCUGCGUGUUUGCUACCCCAUGGUUUCCCAGACACAAAAGGAAAUCGCAUUUACUAUACAAAUGAUAAGAUGAGAUUCGAAACUAGGUUUAAUGAUUAUGAUAUUGGCUAUUUCAGUGUGAAAGAUGGAACCGCUCAUCAGAUAGUUCCCUGCUCUGUUCGUACUUCUCUCCAUUCUGAUCUUGUCCCUCCUUUCCCCUUUUGGGUUUUAUAUAAUCACUAGUUUCAUGAAGCGUGUUGCGUGAUAGGAAAUUGUCCAAUAAGAUUUGUAUGGCAUUAGUUUGAGUAUUAGGAUACUCUUUUUUAUAUGAUUUUUAAAUGAACUGUAUUGUUACCCGUACUCAGAAUCCCAACAGUGGAUUUAAAUUAUA